ACCACGAGAAUGUCAUGCGAUACGUCGCUUUCUGGUUCAACCUCGUAAAAUGCAGCUUACGUGGCUUCACGACAAUGUCCACAAAUUGUGGCGUGAAAAUCUUCACAAAAUAACUUGCGACUCGCUCACCAACCAAAACCGAGAAUGUGGGGUAGUUGAGCUGUCCUUGUUCAAUUCUGGUCGUGCAGUUGACCGUCGGGUCUUGUGUGAUUAUUUCAACUUGUUCUUUCGUGUAGCCCAAGCCACAUAUACUAGACCAGGAUCAAUCGCCCUAGAUGGGUUAACAUGUCCAGCGCCCACCGCCAAAAUGUCGGCUGGAUUAAGAUUCUCGUCAAGAACCGGCCGGCUUUGGGCAUUCACAAGAUCAGUCGUCGUCAUAAUUGCUGAUUUUAUGGCUGCCGGCGACCAAUUGGGGUGGGCACUUUUCAUCAGAGCCGCUAUGCCGCUGAGGUGUGGGCACGACAUUGAUGUGCCCGAGAAGAUUUUCCCCGAAUUAUCUGGGGGGCCCAAAGGCGUCCACGCUGCCAGAAUGUUUUCGCCUGGUCCAAUGAUGUCUGGUUUCAAGAUCUCGAGGGUUUGUUUGUUGGGCCCUCUCGACGAA